UUGCGGACGUCACGCUGAUCUUUGCGCCGUUGUUUUUGUCCAAGUACGAACAUAGCUACAGACAGAAGAUUAGACUGCACCCCUCCCAUCCGUCAAUCAAGAUGGAUAACUUGAUUAAAGAACACCACAGCCCCAAUGAUCCAGAGAACAAGGCCAAUGACAUUGAUUCAGCUGAAAUAAAGAUUGAAAUAGAUGAGGUGCGCAUUGAGUACACUGAACAGAUUAACACACUGGAAGAAGAGUAUCUAAGUGAUCAGCCAGCAAACCAAGCAGACAGUUCGGAUUCGUCACAGGAGGAUUCUGAGUCUGAUUCAGAGGCUUUCUCUUGUACCCAGUGUGAGAAGAGCUUCCGUACCGCCUUACGCUUGAAAAAGCACCAGACUAGGCACACUGAUAAAACCCUACACUAUUGCAUGACGUGUGAGAAGAGCUUCCCUUAUGCAUCUCUCUUAAAGCAGCACCUAACAAUGCAUGAUGCUGACAGAACAUACUGUUGCACGAAAUGCGAAAAGAGCUUCCGAUCUGCACCGUGCCUAAGGAAGCACCUGACGACGCACGGUGAGAAAAAUCACGGUUGCACCGAGUGCGAUAGGAAAUUCUGUUCAGCAUCUCGCUUAAAAAGGCACAUGACAACACAUAGCGGGGAAAGGCCACAUGUUUGCACCACCUGCGGGAAGAGUUUUACCCGACCGGAGAGCUUAAAGAAUCAUCAGCUAAAUCACCAAGGGGAGAAGCUGCACACCUGCCAUGACUGUGGAAAGAGCUACAGUGUACUGAAGUUCCUUAAAGAACACAUGAAAGUCCACGAGGGUCCCCACAUCUGCUCUCAGUGUGGGAAGAGCUACACGCUCCUCUACAACUUGAAAAUGCAUAUGUCAGCAGCGCAUGGAGAGGAGAAAUCAUUGCCUUGCUCUGAAUGUGGGAAAAGUUUUGUCUCAGAGUAUCGUCUGCGAAAGCAUCAGAAGCAAGUACACAGAACAGCCUUCCCCUGCCCUGAAUGUGGGCGGAGCUUCUCCACACUGUCCAUAUUGCAAGAGCAUCAGUCAAACCAUACUGGUAUCAAACCCCAUUCUUGUGAGGAGUGUGGGAAGAGCUUUGGCCUUCUGGAGGGUCUUCAGAGGCACCAGUACACACACAGGCCCAAACCAGAAAAAUCCUGCCUCUGUGAGGAGUGUGGAAAAAGCUUUCUUAACCUCACCCAGCUGGCCAGACAUAAACAAGUUCAUUCCAAUGUUAAGUCACACACUUGUGAGGAUUGUGGUAAAAAAUUCAAACAGAUCGGAGGUUUGAGAAUACACCGCCGCACUCACACAGGGGAGACACCGUUCUCUUGCAAAGAGUGCGGGAAAACAUUUACGCAGGCCAGCUCCUUGAAGGUUCAUAUGUUAACACACACAGGAGAGAGGUCAUUCUCUUGUAAGGAGUGUGGCAAGACGUUCAACAUCGCAAAGACAUUACGGCUUCACAUGCGCAUUCACACAGGAGAGAAACCACAUAAAUGCCCUGAUUGUGGGAAGGGAUACCAUCACGCCCAGGGACUCAGAAUGCACCUGCUAUUUCACAAGGGGGAGAGACGGCACACAUGCACUUACUGUGACAAGAGUUUCUUUCUGCCGGGACAUUUAAGAGCACACGUCCGACUGCACACUGGAGAGAAACCUUACCUCUGCUCUAACUGUGGGAAGAGUUUCAAUCGGGCUUGGAAUUUAAAGCAACACAAGAAAAUAUGUCAGUGAUAUAUUUCACCACAAACUGAACUUUCCACAGCAUGUUAUUGUGGGGCUCCUUUUUUUGUAAUAUUAUGCCUAUGAUUCAUUGUGCUCUAUGCCAAACUAGUCUAAUAAUACAUUAGAUAAAAACGUAUUUUGCAUUGAACUUGCAUAACAUUUGCUUUGUCCAUUUUAAAUCUGUAUGUUGUUGUGGCAACAAAGUAGAUGACAUGCACUAUGUAGCCUACUUUGGCUGGGCCAUAUUGUGUGAUGGGGAUACUUGUAGUACUGUACAGUGUACUGUAUGACUAACUUUGAGUGAAGAAUGAUUGAUUUGAAAUGUAAACAUGUUGUGUACAAAAUGAACCCUACAGGGUAGACCUAACCCAAGCAUCUGGAUAUUAUCAUAUUACUGUAGCAGAGAAACCUCCAGCUUUAUUCAAUGCCUUGAUAUGUACAUUCUAGAAAACUACUUUGAAAGAAUAUACAGCUACAUUAUUUCUGUCAAUAUGCUAUACUGUAUAUACACACCGUGGCCAGUUUAUUAGGUACAGCCAUCUAGUACCGCGUCGGACCCCCCUUUGCCUCCAGAAUAGUCUGAAUUCUUCGGGCAUGAAAUGUUGCCAGGAAAACAUUCCCCACACCAUUACACCACCGCCACUGUUGACACCAGGCAGGAUGGGGACAUGGAC